AUGUCGGAUGAUGAAUUCGAUGAGGCAAAGCAUGAGAAACUACUGGCCAGUGUGUUGGGUCGAAAAGAAAAGGCUCAAAUCAGAAAAUCGGCGGUGAAGAUCAGUAGUGAUGUGCUCAUAAACUCUGUGAAACAGGCCAAGUUGUCAACUGCUGUAGCGAAGAAGAAACUAGAUCAAGAAAAGAAGGAAAAGAAACGAGUUGGUGCUAGUGAAACGGUAGCGGUACCAGUGCAUCGGCAAGCCAGUGAACGAAUUAAGGGAGCUGUAGGAUUCAUAGAAUUGAAAAAUGACCUAAAAGUCUGGAACGAUGUUGUGAAAACUAACCGGUUAGCUGAUCAGCUUUCUUUCCCUCUGGGUGAGGAAAGACUGUUGUCGACGGAAAAACCAGCGGACAGAGCCGAAGCGUUCAAGCCUAAGACUGACUUUGAGAAAAAAAUGAUGGAGAUGUGGAAUGGUUCAAAGAACAACAUGACAAAUGAUACAGUGUACACAAAAGCUGAGUUGGAGAUAAUACGAGCAAUGGAUGUGAAGGAGGCCAAGGAAAAGUUAAGUCAAAUGCAAAAGAUGCGUGCCCUAAUUAGCUAUCGAGAAGCGAAGUACCGAUAUGCAGCUAAGAUCAAGUCUAAACGAUAUCAUCGAAUCCUCAAACGUCAGAAACGGAAACAACUCAUCAAAGAAUUUGACGACCUGCUGGUACGGGAUCCAGAGGCAGCAAAAGAAAAACUGCUAGAACUUGAAAACCAACGGAUCAUCGUAUGUUUUCCGAGACUCGUCUUCUGGUGUCUUACCUAA